AUGACUAUGUUUGUUCACGAAAGAUCUUCCAACACUAGACCAACUAUCUGUGAGUUUCCUAUUAUACAACGAGUCAUUGAUAGCUCUGUCCUAAUUGACUUAGGAUAUAUAGGCUCUCAAUUUACUUGGUCCAAUAAAAAAUCUGGGAUUAAUAAUGUCAAAGCUAGAUUGGAUAGGGCAAUGGUGAAUAGUCAUUGGCUGCAUCAUUAUAACAACUCUAAAUUGUUUCAUAUUGAUGCAAUAGUCUCUGACCAUCUGCCAAUUCUCUUGGUUACCAACGGUAAUGAUCACCAAGGGAAAAAUCUAUAUAGAUAUUUCAAGUGCUGGUUUAAGGAUCCAACUUGUCAGCAAAUUAUCAAGGAUUCUUAUAAAACAAAUCUUAGAGGCUCUCAUGCUUUCAAAUUGGUCAACUGUCUUAGAAAUGUAAAAUAUGAGAUAAAGAAAUGGAAUACAACCCAUUAUGGUAACAUUGAUCAUAAAGUUCACUCAUUAACUGAUCAACUCAGAAAUCUGAAUAGAAAUCCUUAUUUUAUUCAGAAUAAUGAGGCCACAAGGGAGGUAGAACAGAAUCUUGAGUUGGCUAAAAAAGCUCAAGAAUCCUUUUAUACUCAAAAAUCCAGAGUUGAUUUCAUUAAGAGUUAUGAUAGAAAUACCUCCUACUACCAUACUAAUGUUAACAGAAGGAGGCAUUUCAAUCAUAUUAGCUCUCUUAAAUUAGCUAAUGGUCUUUGGUCUGAGGAUAGAGAUACUCUUGAGGACCUUCUUGUUUCUCAUUUCAAAAAUAUUUCUACUACCACUAAUCCUAUCUUAAAUGAGACUUUCCUAAAUCAACCCUUCCAGCAAUACAAAUCAACCCUUCUUCUUGCUUGA